AUGACGUCCAUUGCAAAAGGAGAGCGCAAAGGAAAGGCAGAUCGCACCCAGCAGGAACAGAUCCGCAAAAGACGCCAUAACUUGUUUAAGCGGUUAAAAGAAUUCAACGACCGUUAUGACAUAUCCAUUUGGUUGACGAUGGAAAUGCCCAGCGGUCGAAUCUACACGUUCAACACGAACCCUGAACGACGGAUUCCUACAGAGGAGGAGAUUACUGCGAAUAAGUUGCCUGUCGUCCGUAAAACACCUGCCGAUUACGCCUCAAGUCUGCCUACUAUUCGGGAUCCACCACCAUUCAUGCUGCAGCGGCCGUUGUAUGAUAGCAAUCCUUAG